GGGGGGCGGGGGGGGGGGUGAGCGUGUGUAUUCGUGUAUAGCAGCUCGUGACAGAAAAUAGCAACAAAAAAAUAGCAAGUUAAGCACGAAAUACACAAAUGUAUCAUAUAAAAAAAUGACAUAGUACACCAAACAACACAUAUACUACCCCGCCUUAAUAAGGACAUAAUAGUCACAGUUUCUACAUUAUUGUUCCUCACGAGCGUUUUGGGCCACACGAGCAUCUAUUUUACGAUGCUAGCUGUAGCUAAACAAGCUAACACUUCGCUUGUGUGCUGCUAAUUCGACGGGUUGACUGUAUUAACGGACGUUUGGUGUUCGGAACUACUUUGAAUGGAGAAGUUACGAGUGCAAGUAGAUGUCAAAAACCCCAUAGCCUCACUGUUAGCGAAAGGAAAGGUUUAUGUGAUGGAGACACUUGAGCAAGAUGUCUGUUUGAAAACUGACAGUGAAAGUUUGCCGCUGGCCCCCAAAAGACCAAGGACAGACUGUGUGUGUGACUUUCUUUUGACAACACAAACCUUUGUUUCGCCAAUGCUGACCUCACUUAGCACUGAAAGUCUAGUGUGCACAGAACAAAAUGGAAAACCUCGUGAACAAGACACUGAAUCAAAUGUCAGCCCUCCAGCUGAGGACCCAUCAGCCCACGCAGGAUCACCUAACAUGUGUGUUAUUACUAGAGAGCGCCACUUCCUUCAUCCGAAGCAAUAUGAUCAGCAAGACAAGCUCGGCUCAAGCCCAUCAUCAGGGUCUCAGACAUUCAAAGACCCCACCACUGACAUGUCCAAUCAUCCCGAGUGCCAACUACUGGAGAAAUCACUUGAAGACAAACCUCCUGGUGAUUGCAGCAUGCCUUCUAAAAAUGGAAUGUCAAAUCAUGCGGAGGUCAGAUGUCAGUCGGAUUUCCCUGAUGACUACACGCGACAUGGCGCCAGCUUGAGGACAUGUAGCCAAUCUGCUACAAAUGAGGAAAGCAAUCAGAGGGAGGACGAGCACAAUUUUACUGAUAAGGAGGAAAGAGAGGAUGAGAGGAGCGACAAAUCUCUCAGUGAUAUUCGUGAGUUUCAAUUAUUUGAUGAGGGCAUCCCUGUAAUCUCGGUAGAAGACAAAAGAAAAGUGGAGAUUCGUGAUAGUACCGCCGUGUGUGCCACGGAAACAAACGACCGAGCUUACGUCAAAGGAAGUAGCGACAUCUCUUCUCCCGUCGAAUGCGCAGAGAGCUCACUUAUCUUUUACGACAGUACAUCAACCAUAAAUACUAUGACCGAGACACAAAGCACUGAUGACAUCGCUUGGGCCAAAGGAGAGCUCGGCGAGACGAAAGUCAAAGCACGGGGUGAAAUAGUUGAUCACACACCAAAGCAUCACACGUCUGGGAGGAUCAGCCAAGAGUGUACUGAAGGAGAUAAUGAUGCAGACCCUUUCAGUGUAAUUGAGCCUGCAGUCUGGAGAGAAACUGUCAGGGAGGCUGAAGAGAUUCGCUCCAACUCAGGGAGCAGCGCAGGUGAAGAAUUACCUCCAUCAGUAAAAGUCUGCGAGCUGGAAAUACCUCUUGCUCACAUAUCUGAUGUCAGACCAUUAGACACAAGAGCGCAGUCUUCUAACCAGAGGGAACCACGGCUACAAAAAGACGAAAAAGAGAACCCGAGUCAGUUACACACCCAAACUCAGUCGCACUGCGCUGUCUCCUGUGAGACGCAUAACACAACUGGCUAUGAAGGCAGCUGUCAUGCGGCAUCAAGUCCACAAAGGCCGACAAAUCCUUUUCCAGCUGGGGAUGGAGUACAAGAAAGCCGGGGUACUAUGGGACAUGAUCUGCACCAGCAGUCCAGCUGUUCGCCUGUCAGUUGCGACAACCCGAAGCCUCAGCACGUUGAACAUCCACAGGCCAAAAAUAUUCAACAAAUGACCGGUUUUGCUAAUGAAUGUGGACUUCAUGAAUAUGAAAUGAAGUCAGUGGAGAUGAUACUGCAAGAAAAUAAACCCCACAAUGACGUCAUGACUGGACAACCAGCUGCGGAGGGCAUGACAGAAGAACCCAAACUAACACAUAAUGACACACACUGCUGUUUCACCGAACACCACCAAACAGCUGAGACGCUUGGGGGCAAAGAUGAGCUUUUGGCCUUAUGCUUUCCUUCAAUCAGUGAUGCCGUCGUACCAGAGCCGCAUGAAUUAAGCCCAAAAUACGAUUCACAAAGCCUAGACAUCCCCGCAGCUCCCCAAAGUAAAGUGAGAUUGUCAUCAUGGCCAUCUGCCUUCUGCCUCUACAACCACGUGCCAGAGGGCUUUGACAGCUUCCACAAGAUCCAACUGUCACCAGAUGAUGAUGAGGAUGAUGAUGAUGCUGGCCGAGACGAUUGCCAACCUCACACCAGCAUGGCCAUGCAGCGAAUAAAAUCCCCCCAAAUGAACCCUUAUGUGUUAGAAGCAGUGGGUGAUGAGUACGAGGACAUGCCAAAAGUCAUAGAGGAGGACCAGGUCCAUGAGGAAGGGGGCAUAUUUAAGUGUCACACUGAUAACAUUGACGAUGGAAGUUUCAACAGCACUGAACUUCUCUCAGGGCAGGAAAUCAUUGCCUUUGAAACGUAUCCAAAUGACCCUGCCACUGAUUCCUCAGGAAGCAAUGGACCACACUCGAUCCUGUACCCACAAUUUGACAUGAAAAAAGAAUUUGACGUAGUCUUAAAGGAGUUAAAUCUGUAUUUUUUCAUUAGUAGAAGCGACUUUACAUGUGACAACGGAGUGCCAACACUCGAUCAGCGUAGUGAUGUGGCAUCCAAUGAAGUCUCUAACGGAAAAAGUCACACCGGCAGCCCAGAUCUAACUCUCCAAAGCGACCCAGCUUCAGAUCCUCACAAAGCCCGAAAUGUGGAGAUGUGUGUAACAGAUCCAGAAUUUAGUCAUGUCACCUGUCACGGUGGGGAACAGGAAGUGCCCGAUGGCAGCCUCGAUUUACAAGAAUCAUCAGGUCUGAUUGCAGAGAAACACAAAGAGCCCCGGCAGACGGAGCUGGAAAGGACGGCGUGCUCCUUUAUGUGUCAACCUCUCUUGCAAAAACAACACUGCACAUUUUUGUGGCAGGCCAAAAGACUGGAGCCUCUGAGGACGUGCGCACGGCCAAUCCGUCUUGGACUGUCCAAGCGAGCCAAGCCCAGAACCCUUCACCGUCUUCACCCGUACAAGGGAACCAAAUGAAGGUCUCAAGUGUUCACAGGGAUUAUUUGUAAGUCACCGUCCAUUGUUCACUGGACAGUUGUCAGAGUUGUGAGUGGUGGCGUCUGGUAAGUUCCGUUUUCUCCCGUUCCAACUUACACCCAUGUACGCUUUUCAGACAGUUAUAGAUGCAUAUACAUUUUGCUGCAAAAGCCUGUUUUAAAUGCAUUUACUAAUAUUUAUAUUUUUACAUUAUCUAUUUUGAACCGUUGUGAUGACUUUAAAAUACCUUCUUGUUAAGUGAAUAUUUAACUAAAGCAUUUGUGGUUCAUGAACUCCAAAACAUGCAUCCACUUGGUCAUUAUGAAUUUUUCCGUAGGUGUUUUGAUACAAUAUGCAACUUGUUCCAUGUUUGCGUAGGCGUACUUAGUCAGGCUAAGUGUGAUGUUUUGUGGCAUUCUCUUUUGCUUUUCAUUAAAAGGCUUCCACAAAAUAGCCUUGAGGAAUUCUGUUAGAGCUUAGCCGAACUUGAGCUUUGGUUUCGCAGAAUUAUAUAUGUUCAUGAAAUGAGCAGGGUACACCAUACAGUGCAUGAAUACAAUAGGUCAAACAGGAAAGCAACAAUAGAGAAAAGCUGUUUUAUUUGCUUCUUCUUGUUGGAAACAGUACAAAGGAUUUGUCUACCUGUCCUACAUAGUCAACCAUGAUGAAUUUGCUCCAAAAGGCCAGAUGACAACUGAAAUGUUCAAAAACCAAAGCAAUUUUUCCCAUAAGGAAUCACAUCAGUCCAAUUAAACCAGUCCGGAUCCCAAACAUUCAUUCAUUCAUUCAUUCAUUUUCUGCCGCUUAUCCUCACGAGGGUCGCGGGGGUGCUGGAGCCUAUCCCAGCUGUCUUCGGGCGAGAGGCGGGGUAACACCCUGGACUGGUGGCCAGCCAAUCACAGGGCACAUAUAGACAAACAACCAUUCACACUCACAUUCAUACCUAUGGACAAUUUGGACUCCCCAAUUAACCUAGCAUGUUUUUGGAAUGUGGGAGGAAACCGGAGUACCCGGAGAAAACCCACGCAUGCACGGGGAGAACAUGCAAACUCCACACAGAGAUGGCCGAGGGUGGAAUUGAACUGAUCCCCAACAUUCAUUCAUUCAUUCAUUUUCUGCCGCUUAUGCUCACGAGGGUCGCGGGGGUGCUGGAGCCUAUCCCAGCUGUCUUCGGGCGAGAGGUGGGGUACACCCUGGACUGGUCGCCGGCCAAUCACAGGGCACAUAUAGACAAACAACCAUUCACACUCACAUUCAUACCUAUGGACAA